AAAAUGAUUUUAUUUAGUGUUAUUUCCCUAGCUUUUUGUAUGGCAGUAGUAGUUGUAGCACAUGGCAAAUUAUUCCGGUUUGACUACGACUACUACCAGGAGGCAGAAGGCUGGAUGAAGCUUCACCAAAUCCCGGCAACAUGGCGGGAUGCCAGACUUAGAUGCUUUAGAGAAGGUGCCGCGCUCGCUUCACCAGAAACGGAAAACCUCCGGCAUGCCAUGCAAAGCAUAUUAAUUAACAACCAAGCAGUAACGUGUGGAAUUUUUACUGGGAUACAUGCUACGUACUCUAAAGGAGAUUACAAUUCAAUUGACGGUACCCCAUUGAAUCGGAUCCGAAUCAACUGGGCACCCGAUGAGCCAGACAACACGGAUAACAACGAAGACUGUCUCCUCAUGCUGCCCAACGGCACCAUGGCGGAUGUCAACUGCUCAGACGUUUUCCCAUACGUUUGCUACAAGAAGAAGCUGCCCAACAUGGCGGUUAACACCUGUGGGACUGUGGAUAAUAGUUACGCCUUGGAUACCCGUACAGGCAGCUGCUAUAAGUUUCAUACAGAGCCUCAAACGUGGCCACGCGCGUUCUCUGCGUGCUCGGGUGAAGGCGGCCAUCUUGCCAUUAUUAACAGCGAGACCGAGGCUCAGAUCCUCAGGGAGAUCUAUGCACAGCACCCUCCCGGCAGCCUGCCUGGCAACUUCAUCAAGCACGUGGUUCACAUAGGCCAUACUGAUUGGGAAGAACACGGGAUGUGGAUGACUAUUCACGGACAAAGUUUAAAAGAGGCGGGCUACGACAAGUGGGCAGGCGGUCAGCCGGACAACUCCAGCUCCCAGUUUUGCGGAGCCAUGUUCAACAAUGGCCAGCUCGACAACGUUUGGUGCGAUCGGCCAUGCCCCUUCAUCUGCGAGAAGAAACCGGAUAGCUUACUGGCUGAGGAUGAUUUUUAAAUAUUAACAGAA